AUGAGAAGCUGGGGCGCAGAGAAGAUGGAAGCACAACUAUACGAGGAAGAGGACCAGCAGCCCGUAGCGUCUUCCUCUCGAGGAACUUCGAUAGUACCUUCUCCCGCACGCGAAGAGCGAGAGAUACUCCUCAAGUCAGACAAGAAACGAUCAAAGUGGGAUAACGACGAUGAAGUAGGAUCACCGCCAAGCUCGUCUCUACCAGCUAUCAAACGACGAUUGAUCCGACCCAAGAAAAUACGUCGGCCUGAUGAGCCUGAUCAACCGGCUUCUCCUCCAACAGAUCAACUUCAACCUGAAGUGGACGAUACACCUGAAGACAAUAUCAUCAUCGCACCUGAACCCACCUUCAAUCCUAACCCAUCCCCAAUCGUCAGACCCCAUCGACCGCCUCCCCCUUCACCCCCCUCUUUCCAGCCCCAGCAUAAGACCUAUCCCCGAUCAAAAUACGCACCUCUCCGUUCCUCCCAUCCGCCCUUGAUAUCCUGUCGAUCAGUAUUCAACUACACUCGCUUAAAUCAUAUAGAAGAAGGUACUUAUGGAGUAGUCUUCAGAGCAAGAUGUAACGAUACGAAACAGAUAUACGCCUUGAAGAAGCUCAAGCUCGACGAAGAGAAACAGGGUUUCCCCAUAACGAGUUUAAGGGAGGUUAUGGCUCUGAUGCAAGCUGGACAACAUCCCAAUGUGGUUGGUGUGAGGGAGAUUGUUGUGGGUGACACCCUGAAUCAGGUAUUCAUAGUUAUGCCAUUCAUAGAACAUGAUUUGAAGACCUUGCUAGCCGAUAUGCCCCAUCCAUUCUUACAAUCCGAGGUGAAGACUAUAAUGUCCCAAUUGUUAUCUGCCGUAGCUCACUGUCAUGCUAAUUGGAUUCUACAUCGAGAUUUGAAGACGUCCAAUCUACUGAUGAACAACCGAGGUCAAAUCAAAGUAGCUGAUUUCGGUCUGGCAAGGAAGUUCGGUGAUCCGUUGGGAGAGAUGACCCAAUUGGUAGUUACUCUAUGGUAUAGAUCCCCUGAACUCCUCCUUGGUGCCAAGGAAUAUACCACCUCUGUCGAUAUAUGGUCUAUAGGAUGUAUAUUCGCUGAACUGAUGCAGGGUGAACCUUUGUUCCCUGGUAAGGGCGAGAUCGAUCAGAUAAACAGGAUAUUCCAAUUACUCGGUAGACCAAAUGACGAAUUAUGGCCUGAAUAUUCUUCUUUACCUCUAGUAUCCAAAAUCAACCCCAUCGGACCUAUGUUCUCAACAUUAAGACAGAAAUUCAAACACCUAACAUACGAAGGACACAACCUACUAUCUUCUUUAUUAUGCUACGAUCCAAAAAGGAGGAUAUCAGCUGAAGAAGCUGGUAAACAUCCUUAUUUCAGUGAAAAUCCUUUACCGAAACAUCCCGAUUUAUUCGCUUCUUUCCCUUCUCAAGCUGCUGGUGAGAAACGACAUAAAUCUUUGAUUAGUCCCUCAGCACCAAUACGGUUCGAUAGAAUAGAGAAAGAUAAUCUAACGGAUCUAGUGUCGUUUGUAUAA